AUGCAGCAGGCAAAAGAGGUCAAGGCUGCUAGUCCAAUGCUUCAUCCCUCCGUGUCGUCCAAUCCAAAAGACACGUUGAAAUAUCAGCCUGGAUUUGGAAAUGACUUUUGUUCAGAAGCACUUCCUGGAGCUCUUCCCAUUGGUCAGAACCAGCCUCAGAAGUGUCCUUACAAGCUAUACGCAGAAUCCGUAACCGGAACAGUGUUCACAUCCCCCCGCAGCUUUGGCGUCGGAAACCAACGUUGCUGGCUAUACCGUAUCCGUCCCAGCAUCGCAAUCCAAAAAUCAUUCGUCAAAUACGAUGUAAACCCAUACGUAGCAGCUGAUUUCACCGCUUCAGGAAUCGGCGAACCAAUGAACCCAAAGCCACAAUUCUAUGGCCCAUUCGACAUGCCAAAGGACAAGAAGGUUGAUUUCGUUGAUGGGUUGAGGACUGUUGCUGGUGCUGGAAGUGCUCAGUUGAGGUUUGGGGUCGCGUAUCAUACGUAUGUUGCUAAUGCUAGUAUGACGAAUCGUGCAUUUUAUUCGGCGGAUGGGGAUAUGAUGAUUUUCCCUGCUGCUGGUCGUCUCAGGGUUCAAACCGAAUUUGGAUUCAUGUCGGUCGCUCCCAAUGAGCUCUGUGUUGUGCAACGAGGUCUACGAUUCAGUAUCGCUCUGGAAGAUGGAGGAGAAGCUCGCGGAUUCGUACUUGAGAUCUUUGAUGGACAUUUCGAAUUGCCUGAUUUGGGUGUUAUAGGAUCCAAUGGAUUAAGUCACGCUCGUGAUUUCAUGACUCCAGUUGCUGCUUACGAAGAUACUCAAGCCGCAUGGACUAUCAUCAACAAGUUCCAAGGCCAUUUGUGGAAGGUUGAAAUGGAUCAUUCGCCAUUUGAUGUUGUUGCAUGGCAUGGAAACUAUGCACCAUACAAAUACGACAUGAAUCGAUUCCAAUGUAUUGGCUCCUUGUCUCAUGAUCAUACCGAUCCCAGUCUGUUCUGCAUGUUGACUGUUCGAGGCCCUCAACCAGGAGUUGCUCUAGUUGAUGUAUUGAACAUUGAUCCACCACGUUGGACUUCUAUGAGCCAUACAUACAACAUACCUUAUUAUCACCGUAACUCUGCAAGUGAAUUCGUGAUGGGAAUCCGAGGAUCAUUCCCUCCUGGCGCCGUACUCUACGUACCUCCAAUGUCACCUCACGGAAGUGGUCGUGAUGCGUUCGAGAAGGCUACCAACAAGGUGCAAGCUGGACCUUAUCGAGAAGGAGACGGUCAGACUUUGUUGAUGUGGGAGUCUUGUCUCAUGGUCUCACCUACCAAAUGGGCACUCGACAACAAGGGACCGUUGGGUCAAAUCGAUUAUUCUGAAUCUACUGGAAAAACACUGAUUAAAUAUUUUGAUGGAAAGCUGUAA